GUUUUAAUUUAACGUGCGCACCAGAGAAAAAUGUUCGGGCUGGUCAAUUGUUCACAAGCUCUAGUACAGUACGCAUGCGUAAAAUUGUAUUCUGCCACUUUAGGAGGGACCGAAAAACGGGUGUUCUACAGGAAUGAAUCGAUUCUGUGCAUCAGAUAGGUUGGAAUAUUUGCAGGGGCUUGUGACAGAAUUUCAGGACACUGACAGUGAAGAAGCUAAAGAGCAAAUUCUGGCCAACCUGGCCAACUUUGCUUAUGAUCCACGUAGCAUGGAAGCUUUGCGGAUGCUUCAGGUCACUGAGCUCUUCUUGGACAUGCUAACAGAGGAAAACGAGAACUUUGUGGAGUUUGGAAUUGGUGGCCUGUGUAACCUCAGCAUGGACCGGGAGUGUCGUGAUCAAAUUUUGCAAAGUGGAGGAAUUCCUUUAGUCACAGGUUGCUUGUCGAGUCACAGAGACGAGACUGUUUUGUCCGCCAUCACAACGUUAAUGAACCUUACCACAGCAGCAUCACGCUCCCAAACCACAGACAGUGCAGUAGUGCAGAGCAUGCUGCGCUUCUCACUUACACAGAAUCCUCGCCUCAGCAACCUGGCCACGGUUUUCCUGCAGGACUACUGCACUCAGGACCAGGUAGACAAAGCCAGAGAACUUUUACAAGGACACAGCCAGUCAGCUGUUGGAAUUCCUCUCCCCAAGGACUAGGAUCUUGUGAUAUCUGUGCUGGGCUUAAUGAAGAUGGACAGUAUAAAAUUUUAAAUGGACCUUGUGUAGACUUUUAUUCAACAUUAUUGUGACUGAUAGAUUUCUCCAUAUGCUGUGUUUCAGGCACUGCUUUAUUGUUCCUCAGGUGCAGUGGUGCAGAGCUACAACUCACAGUUUAAUGAUUUUUCUACACUUACACUCAUUUAUACCACAAUGGGCUUGAUAGUGAUUUAGUGUACAGAUGCUUUAAAGAACAUGCUUUAUUUUUCCAUCCAUCCAUCCAUUUUUGUACCACUUAUUCUACAUAGGGUCACAGGGGAAUCAGUCUAUCCCAGGGAACUCGGGCACGAGAGGGGGACAUCCUGGGUGUAGUGCUAACCCAUUGCAGGGCACAGUCGCGCACACACGUUCACACACUCCGGACAAUUUAAAAAUGCCAAACUACAAUGCAUGUCUUUAGACAGGGGAGUAGACAGAGGAAACCCCCAAAGCACGGGGAGAACAUGCCAAUUCCGUGCCCACAGGGCACUGGCGGGAUUCGAACACCCAACCCCAGAGAUGCAAGGCAAACGUGCUAAUCGCCAAGCCUUCAUGCUCCCUGUGUUUGAUUUUUCCACUACAAAAAAAAUUGAAACUACUAGUUAAGUUUUCCUUGUUUCCUUGUAAUAGCAGCCUAAUAGUAUUAUAGUUAAUAAUUUAAUAAUUUCCCAGCUUCUAUCUGGAGAUCAGUUUACUGUCUGGAGUUUCACUUGUUCUCUCUGGGUCUGUGUGGGUUUCCUCCAACCUCCCACAACAUAAGCUUUAUUGGAUAUGCUACAUUGCUCUUAGGAGCGAAUGUGUGUAUGAACAGUGGCCUACAAUGGACUGGAGUCCCAAUCUGGGUGUAUUCCUGCCUUAUGCCCAGUGUUUGUAGUAUAGGUUCCAAAUCCACCGUGACCCUGAGCUGGUUCAUGAAAAUGAAUGAAAUUUUGAUGUUUUUAGUAGGCUACUUUGGUUUAAGCUCUAAAAAGGCAAAUACUGUUAAAUGAUUGAAUGCAAAUUAAAUAUACUGAAAUAUACUUCA